AUGCAUGAUUUGCGGCUGGCGCUGCGUGACAGUGCCAAAAAACUCGAAGAUGCCGAAAACACGUCGAACAAGCUGCGUACCGAUUACGAAAGCCAACUUCGAAAGAAGGACGAAGUUAUUUCCAUGAAAGAAUCCAUCAUCAAAGAAAAAGAUGCUUAUAUUACUAAACUUGAACAAGAAAUUCUCAAAUAUGAUUCAACGUUCGUUCCAUCGGUUGGUUUGGAUAAUAGUAUGAAUGUCAAUUCAUCACCACGCGUCUCUCUCCUCGAUACUCCAACCAAGCAGCAUCGAAUGAAACGUACAGCUAUCAGUGCUGAACCUGCUCAACAUAAAAAAUCCAAAGAUCUACGCGUGGUUCUUCAAGCCUAUGAUAAAUCUGAACGUGCACUCAAUGGUCAUGUAAGAUACUUUGCUUUUCAAUGUACUAAUUGUACAUACCAUAUGUUUUUUUGCGGUAGAAAUGAAAAGACCAAAGAAUUCCUACGUGAUGCUAUAUUGAAUAAUGACUUCAUGAAAAAUCUCGAAAUGGACCAGAUAAUGUCGAUUGUGGAUUGCAUGUAUCCAUUGGAACAGAGAAAUGAUAGUUUAAUUAUCAAAGAAGGUGAUGUUGGUAAUCUUGUCUAUAUUAUGGAAGAGGGUACAGUGGAAGUAAGUAAACUCAACAAAAUAUUGACAAUCAUGGGACCUGGCCGAGUCUUUGGUGAAUUAGCUAUUCUGUAUAAUUGUACCCGUACCGCAUCGAUUAGAGCUUUGUCACACUGUAAAUUAUGGGCAGUGGAUCGGCAAACGUUUCAAGCAAUUAUGAUGCGAGCUGGAAUGCAGAAGCAAACAGAACAUCUUGAACUAUUGAAAAAUAUCAAAACAUUUGAAACUGUUCGUGAAGAUAUUCUCAGCAAGAUCGCAGAUGCUGUUGAUCAAGUUAGUUACACCGAUGGAGAAUACAUUGUCAGACAAGGUGCCAAAGGUGAUACAUUCUACAUUGUUGCUAAAGGACGAGCUCAGAUCACUCAAGCGAAGUCGAAAUGGGAUAGUGCAGUUUAUGUUCGACAUUUGGAACGUGGGGAUUCGUUUGGAGAAGCGGCAUUACAAUCAGAGGAAACUCGACCGUUCAAUGUUAUUGCUGACGAUCCAAAUGGUGUGACGUGUCUUGUACUUGACAGACAAAGCUAUAGGGAAAUGAUAGCUGAUGAAUUAUCGCGAUUUAAACGGGAGGAAUCUGUUCGAUACGCGCGAAAAAAUACGACGUUUAUUAGCGGUGAAGAUGAAAGAGAUUUGAAGAAUCUGCGCUUGGCUGAUAUUGAAAUCAUUUCCACAUUGGGUGUCGGUGGCUUCGGGCGUGUCGAAUUGGCGAAUGACACACGCAAUUCGAAAAAGUACAGUUUAAAACAAAUGAAAAAACAGCAUAUUGUUGCUAUGAAACAGCAAGAACAUGUAAUGAGCGAACGAAACAUCAUGAUGGAAACACGAUCAGACUUCAUCGUCAGAUUAUACAAGACGUUUAAAGAUCGCAAAUAUCUCUACAUGUUGUUAGAAUGUUGCUUAGGUGGAGAAUUGUGGACAUUAUUACGUAAUCGAGGUUUUUUCGAAGAACCAGAAGUCCGUUUUUAUAGUGCUUGUGUUAUCGAAGCAUUUGCUUAUUUGCACAGCAAAGGGAUUGUCUAUCGUGAUUUAAAACCUGAAAAUCUGUUGUUAGAUAGCAAAGGUUACUGUAAAUUGGUGGAUUUUGGUUUUGCUAAAAAAGUUGGUCUCGGUCGGAAAACGUGGACGUUCUGCGGUACACCAGAAUACGUUGCGCCAGAAAUCAUUCUGAAUAAAGGCCAUGAUAUGGCUGCCGAUUGUUGGUCACUUGGUAUUUUGAUUUUCGAACUUAUUAAUGGAAAUCCGCCGUUUUCUGGUUCAGAUCCAAUGAAAACAUAUAAUAUCAUUUUGAAAGGUAUUGACGCAAUAGAAUUUCCUCGCCGAGUGUCGAAAAUGGCUUCAUUGCUAAUCAAGCGAUUAUGCCGAGAAAAUCCAGUAGAACGUAUUGGCUACCAGAAAGGCGGUAUCUCAGAUAUUCAAAAGCACAAAUGGUUCGAAGGAUUUAGUUGGGAAUGUUUGAAAAAAGGAACACUGACAGCGCCGUAUGUUCCAAAGGUUGAAAAUGAUGCUGAUACACAAAACUUUGAUUAUUUUCCCGAAGACGAUUCUGCCGAACCUGACGAUGAUUUAACCGGCUGGGAUAAAGAAUUCUAA